AAAACAAAACAUUAUUAAACAAAUAUUUAUUACCUAUUACUUAUUUAUAAUAAUAUUUUAGAGUUUUUAAAAAUAAAAAAUGAUGGAUCUAGAAAUAGAAAUUCAGGAAGACUUUACCGGUGUAAAUUCUCUUGAGAGGAGAUCGAACAAAUCAAAGUUGAUAAAGUACAAACAGAAAUUAAAGAAGAAUAAGAAAAUGUUUCCUUGUGAUCAUUGUAAAAAGAUUCUCUCAUCAUUUAUCCAUUUACAAAAACAUUUAAAUACAACUCACAAGCCUAAGGAGUUUAUUUGUGAUUAUGAAGGGAAAUGUUUUAACACUAAAGAUAAAUUAAGGCUGCACAUUUUACAACAUCGACUUUAUUAUCGUGUAAGUUGUAAUAUUUGCCAAAAAGAAUACAAAACGAAUCAAUCGAUGAGAAAACAUUUAAGAACUCAUUUUGAACAACAUCAAUGUGAAGCAUGUGGACAGACAUUUCGUUAUAAGCGACUUUUAUUAAAUCACAUGUCGUCAAUUCAUCAAGAUGAUCCAACAAUUCCAUGUAAUUAUUGUACAAGACUAUUCUCAAGUAAAACGACAAGAGAUGCUCACCAUAAAAUGAUUCAUCAAAAUCAACGAAGAAAUCUUGAAUAUUUUAAAUGUCCCGAUUGUUCUCUUGGAUUUGAAAUGAAAGAAGAGCUGAGGAUACAUAGUUUCAUUCACUUUGAAGGAGAAAUUCAUACUUGCUACGAAUGCCAUCAAAUUUUUAAGAAAAAGAAACUUCUAGAGAAUCACAUGAAUAAACAUGAAAAGCCAACAUUUCAAUGUAAAGCAUGCAAACGAAUGUUCAAAUAUCGACCAAAUCUGGGGAAACACAUUAAAAAUGGUCGUUGUAAAGGUCUGAUUGAUAACAUUAUAAAAACCAUGACACCGCAGGAAGAAGCUGAAGUUGCGAAAGAACAAUUAAUUAAAAUGACUGUCAAUCCUACAAGAGUCAAUCUCAUUGGAGUUUCAGACAUUUGCAAAACUAAAAGUGAAAAAAUUGAUAAAAAUAUUGCAGUUAAAGAAGAAAAUUUUGAGGAAAACAUUUCUGCAGUAGUCAUUAUUAAAAGUGAAGAAAUUAAACAAGAAAAAAUAGUUAAACAAGAGAAAAGUUCUUCGAAAAUACUAGAACAGUCAAAGAAACUCGAUCGAAGCUUGAUAAACGAUUAUUUUUGUGAUUUGUGUGACUUUUCAGCAAAUAAAAAAUGUCAAAUGUUAUCACACAUUCGUCAUCAUAUUUCGUCUAGACGACACGGUUGUAUCAAUUGUAAUGAAAGAUUUGCUACGCGAAUGAAACUUCACAAUCACUCAAUGAAAGUUCAUGGACGUGGAGUAAUUGGAUCAGUUGAGUAUAGUAAAGCAUCAGCGCCAUGUCCAGAGUGUUAUCAAGUUUUUAGUGCGGAAAGAUUAAAGUUUCAUAUGAAAUUACAUGAAAAACCUCGACAUGACUGUGAAAUCUGCAAGAAGUCAUUCAGAAGUCUUUCGACUUUGGGAAAACAUUUAACAAACAUUCACAGUGAUGAGAAAAAGUUUACAUGUACGACCUGCGGGAAAGGUUUUCGCAAACUAACAAUCUUAAAACAUCACGAAGAGAUUCACAAUCCAAUAAAAAUUUACGUUCAAUGUGAAAUUUGCAAUACGAUGAUGCAAAUGAAAAGUUACAAACUUCAUAUGGAAGUUAAGCAUGGCGAUCGUUAUAAAGACAAACCUCACAUUUGUGAAUGUGGAAAAGCAUUUCGUUACAUUAAACAAUUGACAAAACAUUAUGAAAAUGUCCAUAAAAAAGUGAAUCGAGGAGUUAUGUAUCUUUGUUCUGAACCUGGUUGCGAACUGGCAUUUAAUCGCCGAAUAGAUUUACGCAAUCACUCGUUCGAUCAUUUCAGUGGCAAAAUCUUUGAAUGUGAAUGUGGAAUGAAAUUUAAAAAACGGAAAUUGCUCACGAUUCAUUCUGCAGUUCAUAAAGGUGACACAUUUCCAUGCAAUCAUUGCAGUUUAACAUUUCAAACACGAGGUGGGAGAAGAAAACAUCAAAUGAAAAUUCACAGUAGACAUGUGGAGGAAAUUUUCUAACUUCCGAAAUUUUCCACUCAUUUAGAGAUGAUUUAAAGUUUAAAUUUCAUAGACUUUAUUAUCUGAAAUUUGUUGCACGAUAAAAUUUUAAAUAAACUGACUUUAUAAAGUA